CUCCAAUCUCUAUCAGCCGUCGGUCCCCGGGCGGUUUGCCUUCUCCUUUCUCUCUUUCUGUUUCACGCCUGUCUCCCUUGUCUUGCGAUAAAAUUAGCUGAUAGCAGAACCAGCGAAAUCCGCCAGCUUUGCCUUACACUUCUUUUCGUUGUAGUACUGUCGCCUCGCCCAACAUGAGUGCGGCUCAGCCGAACGAAGCGGAGAAGAAUAUUGAGAUAUGGAAGGUCAAGAAGCUUAUCAAGCGUCUUGAGAUGGCCCGAGGAAACGGAACCUCGAUGAUCUCUCUCAUUAUCCCGCCAAAGGAUCAAAUUUCUAGAGCUGCGAAGAUGUUGGCUGAAGAAUUUGGCACUGCAUCCAACAUCAAGUCCCGCGUUAAUCGGCUCUCCGUGCUUUCCGCUAUUACGUCUACUCAGCAGCGUCUCAAGCUGUACAAUAAGGUUCCCCCCAAUGGCUUGGUUGUUUACUGCGGUGAAAUCAUCACGUCUGAGGGCAAAGAGCGGAAGAUCAACAUUGAUUUCGAACCUUUCAAACCGAUCAAUACAUCGCUCUACCUCUGUGACAACAAAUUUCACACUGAAGCGCUCAGCGAGCUUUUGGAGUCGGAUCAGAAAUUCGGUUUCAUUGUCAUGGAUGGAAAUGGCGCGCUUUUCGGUACACUCAGCGGAAAUACUCGCGAAAUUCUCCAGAAGCUGAGUGUUGAUUUGCCCAAAAAGCACGGCCGUGGUGGUCAGUCGGCCCUGCGUUUCGCUCGUCUUCGCGAGGAGAAGCGUCAUAACUACGUGCGCAAGAUUGCUGAAUUGGCUGUUCAAAAUUACAUUACCAACGACAAGGUUAAUGUUGCUGGUUUGAUUUUGGCUGGUUCCGCUGACUUCAAAAACGACUUGAAUCAGUCUGAUAUGUUCGACCAGCGGUUGCAAGCCAAGGUCAUCAAGGUUGUGGACGUGUCCUACGGUGGUGAGAACGGUUUCAAUCAGGCUAUUGAACUUGCCGCAGAGACUCUGAGUAACGUUAAGUUCGUUCAAGAGAAGAAGCUCAUUGGAAAGUACUUCGAGGAGAUCAGUCAGGACACCGGCAAGGUCUGUUACGGUAUCGAUGACACCCUCAAAGCACUGGAACUCGGCGCGGCAGAGACUCUUAUUGUUUAUGAGAACCUCGAUGUCACUCGAUGGGUCCUCAAAAGCGCUAGCGGCUCCGACGUCAUUGUUCAUACCUCCAAGGCUCAGGAAUCCAAUCGCGAAAUGUUUAUUGACAAGGAAACCGGCACCGAGAUGGAAGUCAGUGAGCAAACCUCGUUUCUCGAGUGGCUUGCGGAAAACUACAAGGACUUCGGCGCGACUCUUGAGUUUGUCUCUGAUAAGUCCACCGAGGGAAACCAGUUUGUGAAAGGUUUUGGCGGAAUCGGCGCCAUGCUCCGAUACAAGGUCAACUUUGAACAACUUGCUGACUUUGAAGAUGAGGAUGAAUUCUACGACGAGAGCGAGGAUGAACGCCCAGAAGCUCUCAGACCUGAUCUUCUGACGGCUCGCCCCGUGACACGUGAAGGCGGCUCCCACGGCAAUCCCAUGGCUUUAUUAGCAUUAGCCAUGACUUCGCCUGUGCAAGUAAUUUGA